AUUUUUACAUUUUUUCGACACCUAUUCUUUAAAUAUUAUAUGAGUUUUGAAAUUCUGUUUAUUAAUUUUCCUUUAAAAUAAAACAAUAUACAACAGUAUACAUGUAUAUCUUCAUAUAGAUGAUAAAUGGAACUUAAAGAUACACAUUUAAUUUAUAAACGACCUCUGUGACAUCUUUUCAAAAAUUGUAGAUGGUUCAAUUAUCAACAUACAAUUGAAGAAGAAAGCUCAAAAAGAUUUAUAUUUUGAAAAUAAUAUAAUAUGUAAUUAAAUUAUUACUUUCAAAAUGACUUGGAAUCCUAGAAGGAAAAAUCAUUUAACACACCGACCAACACCUGCUCAGCCUUUAUUAUCAAUAUCUGAGGAUAAAGAACUUGAUAUAGCUGUUCAACGUUUGAUACAUGUUGAAGAAACAAUAAGAAAGUUAACAAAAGAAACUAAGCGCUAUCUUGAAGCUAUAGCAAAUUUAGAUCGAGCUGAUAAAAAAUUAUCAACAAAUUUAAGUACCUGUGGUUUGGCCCAUAUAAAUGAUGAAUUUCGCAGAAUCGUUGAAGAUUAUCAUUCGAUUACAACUCAAGUGGGCAAAACAGUACAAGACAUGACUAUUUUAUCCCAAAAAACUUUCAUUGAACCUUUAAAGAAACUUCGUGAUAAAUUUGCUCUUGUGGCAGAAGCAUUAGCUAAACGUGAAGAGCUUGUAAGUACUUGGAAAUUAGCUCAUAAUAAAGUAAAAAAGCUCCAAGAAAAAAAAGAUAGGACUGCAAGUCACAUAGUUAGGCUGGAAAAAGAAAAAAGAGCAGAAGAAGCAGCUGCGAAAGAAUUAAAAGCAGUUCAUUCAAAACUACUUCUGGAAUUACCAUGGUUUUUAGAAAAGAGACUUGAAUACAUUAAACCCAGUGUUUAUGCUUUGAUUAUGAUUCAAUUAGAUUACUAUGGUGAAAAGAUGAAACUAUUCAAUGAUCUAAUGUCGCCAAAUAAUAUUUCUGUAGAAGAUGAAGGCGACUCGUCAAUAACAGAACAAAUGAAUAAAAUCAAAUAUUUGACUAUUGUUAAAGGUCAUUAAAUGCUUUUCCAGCUGAAUAUAAAUAAGAAUUAAUUAUUAAAUUGUUGUAAAUUUAUAAAAUUAUUAUUCACUGAUUGAUAUUUCAUCCUGUUUUUUAUUGUAUGAUAUUUAUGGUAUAUUUAAAUAUA